GGCAUACUCAUGGAAGAUAGGGAGGGAGUACGCACGUGCGUUACCUGCGAACUGUUCGCAGAACGCACUAAAGAAGGCUCUCGUCUUGUUGCUGAGGUGCCACUAGAUGCUACUGCCGAUGGAGUUACUCCCGGCAACAGCUUGCUUGCUGGAGAAGAACCGCCUGCUCCUCGACAAAACUUGGCAGUUCCGGACUCAUUGAAUGGCUACAAGGCAGCUUUGUUAGCUGUUGACCGAAAGCUUAAGUGGGCCAGUGAAAAAGUCGAGCGAAGCGAAAAUGUCUCAGAGAUUCGUGAAUUAUUUGCAUUGAUUGAUGAGGGGAUGAAGAACAAAGUUUUUCAAACGUAUACGUCGUUACUGGCAACGCUGCACUACACACAAAUCAAUUCUUUUGGAUUCGUUCUCCUACCAGGCUCCUCUAAUUUCGCCAUAGUCGACAGAAAGGUUGAAUAUAUUACUACGUUACCUAUGUUACGUCCAACGCUUUCGCGGAGAACUCUAUAUGGUACACCUGACGGCUCAACGUCGAACAAUCGCCCGAACUUGAUCUAUCGCAAAGCAAAAGUGACUGGGAGAAGUCUCGAGGAAUUAAGGAGCCUGAGCGUCCCUGUACCUAAAUUUCGCGGAGAGCCGGUGUUUGGCAUUUAUCCUGUUCUGGAAGCUCUGGCUACUGGAGCGAGAGAUUUUUUUGGGCUAUAUGUAAAGGACAGCGUACGACAAGUGAUUGUAACGCUGUACUCCUUUGCUGUCAAUUACCUUUCUAGUUCCCGAUCUGGUCAUGAUGAGCGAAUUGCGAAAAUUCUCGAACAUGCACGGACGCUAGAUGCUUCUCCUCUGCGGUUUGCUCAUAAUGUAUCUGAUACACAGUUUACAUCAAUUUUCUUGGAUAAUGUAUUGGAUCCUGGCAAUUUUGGAGCAAUCGCCAGAAGUGCGCUUUUCUUUGGCUGUGAGCAGAUUGUUUACGCUGAGGGGCGUGGGCCAUCAAAGAUAACUCCAGCAAUGAGUAAAGCCUCAUGUGGUGCCCUGGAAUGUUUCCGAGUAAUUCAAGUGUCUUCCUUCCUUUCCUUCUAUAAGGCCUUAAAAUCUGCGGGCGCGUUGUUCAUUGGGACGUCAGACGCCAAUUCUGCCAGAAAAUUUGGAAAACUUACAAUUGCAUUGUGCAACCUGGAAGUGGAAAAGUCGCAAAAACUCGUUCUCGUUCUCGUUCUGAAAGAAAUUAAUUUUGCAUUAUUCAUUUCCAAACGCGAAGAUGUAAAAUGA